CAUCAGGUGGCCAUGUUGGACGUCAAAACGUAUCGCUGCGGCGAGCAGGGCCGUCUCCACACUACGUGCUCGAACGGGGAAGCAUGCGCCUUCCUCCUCGCAGGAGAGCUCUGGAGAGCUCCCACGGACCUGGAAAUGUCAUCUGAGAUUUCUCGCGCGCAUUUGACUUUUCCCGCCGACCGCCAUGGCGCCGUGGCCGGCCAACAUGGCGUUCGGGACAAUUCAAGAUGGCGGACGCGAGGAGUAUUCCGGCAGGUGGCAUGGCGUGCGCUGAUCCCGCCUGGCUCUCAAACGUAUAUUUCCCUGUUCGCACUUUGCGACGUUUCGCAGUUCGCAUUCUUCGCACUGGUGAGUCGCGUGCCCGUUCGAGCGGGUGGAUUAUAGUUCUCCGUGGAAAGCG